AUGCCAGUCGGGCCAUUUGAUGGGCGCAAGAAACGGUCAAGAUGUGUUUCGUGCGCUAGAAGCCACCUCAAGUGUUCUGGAAACUACCCAUGCAACAAUUGCCAGAAGAAACAGAUCGACUGCACGUUCGAGGCACAGAAGCCAAUGCGAAUCCGUAUUGACUAUGCACAAUCUGCUGUGAGGGUUGAUGGUCGUGUGGCUCGCUCUAAACCCUGCGGAAGCACAUCUCCUCAACUGGGCAUCGGCCUCUCUAAUAAUUAUGUCUACUAUCUCUCCCACUACUUCAACGAAUUUCUUCGACGCAACGUUGUCAAUCCCAAGACAAAGGGCUUAACCGAUGUGGUCAGUUUGAUGAAAAACAAAGUCCCAUUUGGUUUCGUCCAUCAUGCCGUUCUUUCGGUUGGAGCAAUGCAAGCCUUUAAAUUAAACGCAUCCGAAGGAAUUGACUCAAGCAAGGCUUAUAGCUUAGCUGUUGGCCACUACUCAAAAGCAGUAACAGGGUUGCGACAAACCCUUGAUCAAUUCGAUCAACAACCUAGUUCCCUUCACUGUGUUUUGUGGACAACACACCUUCUAGGUCUUUUUGAGCUUAUGAAUGAUGCAUCGGGAGCAGGGUGGGUACAGCACCUGGUCCAUGGUACAUCCAAGGCUCUUGUCGCUGCAGGCCCAACAGCAUGUAAGUCAAUUCCCGGCCAGCGAUUUUUUGCAGAGAUUCAAGCAUUUGAAGCCUGCCGGGCCAUCAUAUUCAAUGAACCUACGUUUCUCGCAAGUCCAGAGUGGAGGCUCCUCGUUGAGGAAAUACAGGGUAAGAGUCAAGGAGACAAUGGUAGCUUGAAUGAACUUCUCAGCAUCGUUGUUUCAUGUGCGACUCUGCGCGUUAGGGUACGUGAUUUUCUCUACUCGUCAGAGAGCCAACCCUCAGACCAGCAUGGAAUGAGUCAGGACAACUCCUAUGGUAUCAUUUCAGAAGGGUUUCGCCUCCGACAAGCUCUAAUCGACUGGGAAGCCGGGCUGUCUUCAACAUGCCCCGAAGAAGAAAACAUCGAUUUAGUAGCCAAGAGCUUUUUCUGUCUGGCACAGGCAUACUUUGCAGCUACAAGUAUUUAUCUCUCUGGAGUGUUUGACUACGAGAUGCAAUACUGGCAGGACAUGGAAAUUGUACCACCCACCUUGAGCGAACAGGAGAUACAAACGCAUGUCAAUAAUAUACUUGGGACAACAACCAUGCUCUUGGAGAAUUCUCCGAUCUCGCCGUUGCUGGUUCUUUUCCCGUUGCGUGUUGCAGGGGCACGGUCUUGGCAGAAGUGGCAGCAGGAUUGUAUCAUACAGAGUCUCUUGGCAGUGGAAAUGUCAUUUCCGGUUGCUGCUGCUUUCAGAGCUGAUCUUCAGGAGUUGUGGAUUGGGCGAGAUCAUCUAUCGUAG